AUGGCGGAACCAAACGACAACCGGUCUAUUGCUGAAACUUUGCUAGAUGCACCAACCUCUGCGCCUGUGCCUACAAAGCAAUCCGUCCGAUCUUUCAAGAAGAAAUAUGCCAAGCUCAAAGUCAAGUUCGAGCUGGGAACUCGAGAAAAUGAAAGCCUGAUUCGGGAAGAACUGCGUAUAGAGGAUCUGUCCAAGCGCAUACAAGAACAAAACGAUCAAUUGCUUGAGGUUCUGCUUGAGUUCAAUGAGAGCCUGCAUGUUUCUCCCGACAUGCGGUUCGACCUGACCCUGCCAACCGACCGUCCCUUGCUCCCGACUCCCGAGCAGGAAAUUGCGCCUUUGAUCAACGAUGCAACACUAGCACAACAAGCAUGGAAAGAAGCCAAGACUGGUUUGGCUGCUGGCAGCAUUGAUAAAGGUGCAUACCGUACGAUUGAAGACAACAUCAAACUGAACAAGGCGUUUGCACCAGCCCACCAGUACAGCACUCUGUCACAAACCCAUCAGAUCAGUCCAGAUGCUAUUGCGAAGAAACCCGAUAAUGACUGUGAGCGCAAGCUUGGAUACUUUACACCCGAGCACGAAACCGAAUAUUACCUUGCCUUGGACGCCAAGCUGGGUGACGAGGCAGCUGCCACGCAGCUGGCACGCAUCCCAGAUCGCCCUACUUUUGCAGAGCGUGAGCGUGAUCUUUCUAUGCGAAAUCCCGCAUCGGUUUACAAUUGGCUGCGUCGCAAUCAACCCCAGACUCUGCAGGAUAAUGAAAUUGCUUCGGAAAAAUCGGCAUCCCGUCCUUCAAACCAACGCUCGUCCAAACGAGCGCCGGCUCAGCGUAAAGAUGAGGAUAUGUACGACGAGGAUGGAACAGAGACCCAACCUACCCCCAAGAACAAGCGCAAGCGUGAAGAGGACACCGGGUAUCGACCCAAGGGUGGCAGCAGUCGCUCAAAAAAGAAGAAGGAGGAUCCCAGUUCCAAUGCUAGCAAAGUGGCCAAAAAGCCUUGA